CUGAGGCGGGUGGCAUGGCGGAGAAGGAUGACACCGGAGUUUGACGAAGAGGUGGUUUUUGAGAAUUCUCCACUUUACCAGUACUUACAGGAUCUGGGACACACAGACUUUGAAAUAUGCUCUUCUCUGUCACCAAAACCAGAAAAAAGCACAGUGACAGAGGGACAACAAAAGCCUCCUGCAAGAGCCCUGACAAAACAAGGCAUCCUGUUAAAAGUGGCUGAAACCAUCAAAAGUUGGAUUUUUUCUCAGUACAAUAAGAAAGAUGACUUACUUCACAAGUUGGAUAUUGGUUUCCGACUCGACUCACUACAUACCAUUCUGCAACAGGAAGUCCUGUUACAAGAGGAUGUGGAGCUGAUUGAGCUACUUGAUCCCAGUAUCCUGUCUGCAGGGCAACCUCAACAACAGGAAAAUGGACACCUUCCAACACUUUGCUCCCUGGCAACCCCUAAUAUUUGGGAUGUCUCAGUGCUGUUUGCCUUCAUUAGUUUGCUCAUUAUGCUUCCCACUUGGUGGAUUGUAUCUUCCUGGCUGGUAUGGGGAGUGAUUCUGUUUAUUUUUCUGAUCGUAAAAGCUUUGAGAUUAUGGAGAACAGCCAAACUACAAGUAACUCUAAAAAAAUACAAUGUCCAUUUAGAAGAUACAGCAACAAAUAGCCGAGCUUUUACUAACCUUGUGAGAAAAGCUUUACGUCUCAUUCAAGAAACUGAAGUCAUUUCCAGAGGAUUUACACUUUUGCUUGACAGGGUCAGUGCUGCUUGCCCAUUUAAUAAAGCUGGACAGCAUCCCAGUCAGCAUCUCAUCGGUCUUCGGAAAGCUGUCUACAGAACUGUAAGAGCCAACUUCCAAGCAGCAAGGCUAGCUACCCUAUAUAUGCUGAAAAACUACCCCCUGAACUCUGAGAGUGACAAUGUAACCAACUACAUCUGUGUGGUGCCUUUUAAGGAGCUGGGCCUGGGACUUAGUGAAGAGCAUAUUUCAGAAGAAGAAGCACAUAACCUCACAAAUGGUUUCAGCCUCCCUGCUUUGAAGGUUUUGUUUCAACUCUGGGUGGCACAGAGUUCAGAGUUCUUCAGACGGUUAGCCCUAUUACUUUCUACAGCUAAUUCACCUCCUGGGCCCUUACUUACUCCAGCACUUUUGCCUCAUCGUAUUUUAUCUGAUGUGACUCAAGGUCUACCUCAUGCUCAUUCUGCCUGCUUGGAAGAGCUUAAGCGCAGCUAUGAGUUUUAUCGGUAUUUUGAAACUCAGCACCAGUCAGUACCCCAGCGUUUAUCCAAAACUCAACAGAAGUCAAGAGAACUGAAUAACGUUCACACAGCAGUACGCAGCUUGCAGCUCCAUCUGAAAGCAUUACUGAAUGAGGUAAUAAUUCUUGAAGAUGAACUUGAAAAGCUUGUUUGUACUAAAGAAACACAAGAACUAGUAUCAGAAUCUUAUCAAAUCCUAGAACAGAAGUUGAAGUUGAUUCAGCCCCAUGUUCAGGCAAGCAACAAUUGUUGGGAAGAGGCCAUUUCUCAAGUGGACCGACUGCUCCGAAGAAACACAGAUAUAAAAGGCAAGCCUGAAAUAGUGUGUGAGAAUCCCCGUUGUACUGUGGCGCCUCUGACGCAGCCUGCUCUACACAUUGCAGACAAAGAUCCAAUCCCCGAGGAGCAGGAAUUAGAAGCUUAUGUAGAUGAUAUAGAUAUGGACAGUGAUUUCAGAAAGGAUGAUUUUUAUUACUUGUCUCAAGAAGACAGAGAGAGACAGAAGCGUGAGCAUGAAGAAUCCAAGAGGGUCCUCCAAGAAUUAAAAUCUGUGCUGGGAUUUAAAGCAUCAGAGGCAGAAAGACACAAGUGGAAGCAACUUCUAUUUAGUGAUCACGCUGUGUUGAAAUCCUUGUCUCCUGUAGACCCAGUGGAACCCAUAAGUAAUUCAGAACCAUCAGUGGAUUCAGAUAUGGGGACAGUUGGUAAAAAUGAUACUGAAGAGGAAAAUAGUAAACCCUCCACAGCUGACAAUGAAAUAAGUAGUAGGACUGAGUACUUAUCUGAAAACCCUCUAGAUAGUAAAAAUAAAGACAAUUCUGCAAAUGACGUCUUCCUCCAAGGAGCUGAAGAAAGAGUGUGUUACCAGUGUGAGAGUGAAGAGGAAUGUCAGCAGGCAGAUGUAGGUAGCCUGUCCACUGCCCAUCCAACUGCCAGGGACUUCUUUCAGCCCUCCAUUAAGCAGAGACUGGCACGGCUCCAGCGGUCACCGGAUUUUACCUUCACUGCCGGUCUUGCUGCAGAAGUGGCUGCUAGAUCUCUCUCCUUUACCACCAUGCAGGAACAGACUUUUGGUGAUGAGGAGGAAGAACAAAUAAUACAAGAAAAUAAAAAUGAGGUAGAAGAGAAUUAAGAACCAAGAUUUACAUGAAGGAUUUUAAAUUGUUGCUUUUAUGCAGGUGUUUUAGCUUCAACACUACAUAAUCCACUGGAAAGGGAAAAUGAGUGUUUACUAUAUAUAAAGCUAAGAUGUGAAUUUACAGCAAGAACCCUGGUUUGAACAACUGCUCUGAAAAUAGUAGCUAACCUGUAAAUGGCAAAUCUUUUAGGAAAAUAAGAAGGUAAGGGCUCUUUUGAAUAAACUUGCUGUUUUAAUUGCAGUACAACUGAUCAAUCUUGGGAAUUCUUUAGGUACUUCUAAUAAGAAACAAAUUUAUCAUUUCUUGCCAGAAUUCGCUAAAAUGACUGGGAUAAUUCUAUUGCAAGAACAUUUAGUAUGACUCCUUUUUACUAUAUUCUUGCAGUUAAUAACUGCAACUAUUAUGUUAAUAACAACUUGUUUGUAUUUUAUUUUUGUUUCUACCAGCCUUAAAGAUACAGGUUCUGAAUUUUAAAAAAAAUUGAAUUCAUACAAUUAAUGUGUACUGGGAGUUGGAACUAAAAAGUAGUGUCAAAAAUACUGGGAUUGUGACAUGUUUCUUAACGUUUCCUUGUUCAUACCUGUAUUCGGUAGUUAAUUUUAAGAUGUCCUAAUAAUCUUUAAGAGGAGAACAUUGUACUGUUUUAAAAAUUAGCCUUUCAAUUAUUUUUUGUGUUUAUCUUAUGUUCUUGUUAAAACUAAUAGGGAAUGAUGUCAAAGUGGGAUCCCUGUAGUCCAAGGCCCCAUUCCCAACUUUGCAGAAAGUUCUUUGUUUAGG